AUGCUUCGAUUGUUUCAAUUAUUGUUUAUUUUAAUCACAUUGCAUAUUAAGUAUACACUUGGAACUUGGUAUUACCAAGAAGCUAAACCGUGCGAUCCUCUGGGUUCAGGGUUUGUUCCAUUCACCGGAUUCAAAAUAUAUCGAGAAUUUAAAUUUCUAAAGUUGAAUCCAAUCCCAGUUCAUUAUUUGUUACUCACACAUUGCAGCCAUGGUAAAGUAGAUUAUCAAGCAAUAUUGAAGACCCCUAAAGCUUCAGUUAACUGGGAUCAACCUUUCUGUUUACUUAAGCCGAGAUUGGGGAAGCUUCUCCCACUACUGCCUGCGGAUACAGUUGCUGAUCUAGUAGGAGAGGAUGGGGAAGAUGACAUGCGAGAACAUACGCAGAUCUUCAAUAAGACAGAAGAAUCUUGGUGGAGAAAUAGUAUACGGAACUUUAUUAAAAUUAAAGUGGAAGAUAAACUUGAAAAAUUAACAAAAGGGAAGUUCAUUCAAUAUACCAGUCAACGGUCCAAACAACAUCGAGAAGACAUUCAAAAAUCAAGUCCACAAAAAGUAUUAGAAUGGGAGGCCAGAGACUUGGUAUGUUACAAGUUAGCAAGAAGGAAGAAAUAUGCCAAGCGGGAUUUAACGUACUACAUGCCUGAUACAUUUGUAGGCGGAUUAUUUGAGUGUCCAAUAAGUAGUGAAAAGAAGAAAGAAAUGUUUGUUAAAAUGACCGCAAAUGAAAUAUUGCAACCAUUGAACAAUUUCCGUUGUGAUGAAUUUACAGCCCGACCAAUUAUGCCCUUGAUUGCCGAUGAUGGCACUAAGCAAUGGAUUCAAUCCAUUAUUGGCGCAUUGAACCCAUCAUUUAUCCAAACAAUUCCUUACUUAUCUACCGCCACGCCAUUGAAUUUACGGUUUUCCAGCACUGAUACUCCUGACAUGCACAGUCAGACUUGGGCAAGUAGAAUAAACGUGAAUGAAGAAUACAACUAUUCUGACCCCGAUAUCCACUACAUUUCAAAAGCUGUAGCCCUAACGGCAGAUUAUCUCAAUAAACUUAUCAUCUUUGAUCUUUCUUCUCUCCCUGUCAAGUAUGGGGCUUCUCGCUCACACAAGCUUGAAAACCCAGAAACAACUACAAUUCUACUCAAUCAGAUCCAAAAUUUCAAUAACAUGGAACACAAGUUCAUUACAUGGAUGGCAUUAAUGCCUUCGAGUCUAGUGAAGAAAACUUUACUAAAAUUACAAGAGGUAUGGGAUAAUCUGAACAUACAGUAA